GGAAGUUGGGGGCUAUAUGUCAUUUGCAUACCCUCGCAUGUUUCUACCAGUGAUGAGCCCCAUUUCAGUCCCAGGGACUACCCCAUCAACUUUCGUACCAAGGAUGGUCAAUUCCGUGCAUCCCAUUAAUUUAGUUACGACCAUGGAUGGAGUUGGACCUUCAAAUACCCCAGGCACGUCCAAAGGUCGUGAUGUUGCAGACCAAGAGGAAGCACGCCGGAGGAAGGGGAAGGCUAUCGCCAAGCCGAGCAAGACUAUAGAUUCGGCAUUGAAACGACUGGAAGACAAGGAGGACGGACCCCGUAAGUUAGCCAAGCUAUGUCUUGGUCCUGAGAUGCCUCGGGCUAGCGCUUUUGAUCAGCUUGGCGGGGGAAGAGACAGACACCCUACUCCGUCACGACAAUCCAGGGAUGCGGAGACGAUCCACCUGGACGAAGAUGAAGCUGAAAGCCAGGCUCGGCAAUCCGCCUAUACCCGAAUCCCAUAUGAAGAUCAGGAGGAGGAUUUUAAUAGGAUCGGAAGCAUGGUGCAGAAAUUGUAGGCUCUGGAGGACAAAGUUGAUUAGAAGAGUGGAAGGAAGAAGCAUACCCGUGCAAGAUCCCUUUACAAAGGUUGAUAAGGAAGAUCAAGCUUGAUAUAGUGAAGUUCACCGGGAAAGAGGACUCGGAUAUCCAUCUGGGCACCUUCCAUAAUGCCGUGCAGAUGUCAGGGUGUACUGAUGUAGAGGAGUGCCUU